AUGCGCCUCCGUAUCCUCGCCCUUGCGUGGGCUCUCGCAGCACCCUUGACUUUAGGAGCAGACACCGCACAACAGGACACAGAUGGCAAUGCUGGCACUUCAGUCCAUGUUGUCGAAUGUAAGGUUGGCCAGACACCGAAGGCGGUGGAUUUGAUUAAGCAGGGCCAAGGACAUAUCCGCUAUAUAUACGACUCAACUAUUUUUGAGGGCGUAUCGUUUCAAAUGUCCAACAUUACCCUCGCCGAAGACACUAUCGACAAGCUUGACAAGGCAGACAUUCUAAAGAAACGGUGGUUAACGCAGGAGACACGCGUGGAGUCGACCGAGCCUAGCAAUGUCUCGGAGCCCGGGGAAGAGCUCGACGCACAAGAUACGCCCGAGGAGAAGCGCGUCCGCCGGGCCUUGAGAUCGUUGGGUAACGCCGAAAAGCCCGAAUCACCUUGGCCGCACCUCAUGACGACUGUAGACAAGCUACAUAAAGAAGGCUAUACAGGCAAGGGUGUUACAAUAGCCGUUGUUGAUACAGGCGUUGACUAUACGCAUCCGGCCCUAGGAGGCUGUUUUGGUCCGGGCUGCCGUGUGGCCAAGGGAGCAAACCUGAUACCCAAUGCUCGUAAUAGGAGCGACCCUAUGGAUACUCUCGGCCAUGGUACUCAAGUAGCUGGUAUUAUAGCAGGAUAUGAUGCCGAAAAUGGCUUUAUUGGGGCACUUCCCAACGCGACUAUUCAUGCCUACGCCUCUGAAUCCUCCGUUGAAACUUUUACAGAAGAUACCAUGAUAGCAGCUUGGCUUGAAGCCUACAAGGAUGGGGCACAAGUCAUAGUCUCUAGUCUUGGCCUUCCAAGCAGUUGGUCGGAAAGACCAUCUGCUCUUGUUGUCUCGCGUAUUACAGCAAAAGGCAUUCCCUGCAUUGUUGCUCUUGGCAAUGACCGCUUGGGUCCAUUCGACGCUGCGGCGCCAGGCACUGGCCGCGGCGCGGUGGCGGUGAACUCGUUCUCCCGCAGCCAUGGCCGAAUAACAGGCGAUUAUGUCUAUCGCAUCAAUAACGACGCUGAUAUUGCCUUUGGAGUCAGGAUGGGAGAGCCGCACGCCUGGGAUACCGAGGAGCUCGCGGUACAUGAUGUCGACGCCGACUACGGAGGCAAUAUAGACGACAUGGAAGGCCCUUCGUCUGAUUGCCAGCCGAGGCCGGGCGAUGAUGGUAAAAAAGACUUGACUGGGCGCGUAGCACUUAUCCGCUACCCCCGUACAGAUGAACAGCACUGCAUCUUCGAGCAAAGGGUGCUCAACGCAACGGCCCGCGGCGCGAUCCACGUCCUCGCAUGGUCGGGAAGAAACGCCCUUCACCUCUCUGCACCUAAAGAUGCCAAGGGAAUCGUCGCAAUAGGCAUGACAGACGCCACUGUUGGCGAAGCCGUGGUCAGAGCUCUCUCCGCUGGCAUGACUGUCAGGAUGCGCCAGGUUGGUCCUCAUCGCGUCACAACAGGCAGCAUUGCCGACUUAUCAUCAUACGGGCCAACUUAUAACCUUGACAUUAAACCCAACGUGCUUGCACCAGGAGAGGAUGUGCGUUCCACGUUUUCUGGCGGUGGUUAUGGAGGAGUGUCGGGCACGUCCCAUGCCGCGCCACUCGUCGCCGGCAUCUACGCGCUUGUUGGCGAGGCGCGAGGCACGUUUGACCCAGCUAUUCUUGACAGCGUUAUUAUGGGAACCGCCGAGCCGCAAUCGUCGAGUCACAGUCAUUACUCUGAGGGCGCCCAUGACUUGUUGAGUGUCGCGCAGCAAGGCGCUGGCCUUGUCAAGGCCUGGGAAGCUGCUCACGCCACAACGCUGGUCUCUCCAGCUAGUCUGGCCUUCAAUGAUACGACGAACCGUGUCUCCUCCAUUAGCCUUUCUAUUAAGAACACGGCUAAUAUUGCGGUCCAAUACCAACUUACACACAUCUCAGCCAAAACUCUGUAUGCCCUAGGUCAGAAUUACACUACUAGAGGCACUGAAGAGAUUGAUGCUCCAGCCCAAAUCUCCCUAAGUAAAGAUACUAUCACGCUUAGUUCUGGAGAGUCUGAUACUAUUAUUAUCUCUGCCUUGGAUCCUCAAGGCGUAGACCUUAGGCGUUUGCCCUUAUGGUCUGGCUGGAUUGCUAUCAAUGGAUCGGAUAGCACUCGGUUAACGGUACCGUAUCUCGGUCUUGCGGGGUCGCUCCGCGGCGCUCCUAUUUUCUCACCAGGGCCAAAGGCGAUAUUGGCUCGUGGAAGAUUUGUUAAGAGUAACAUUGGCGAGGGCUCUACUGUGCUUUUAAGGGGCCCACCAGAUACCCCAGUCCAGCAGACUGCCUCGUCACGUCGCGCUCAGCCUCGGGUGAUAGUGACCAAUUUCGGCCUGGUUCUUGGCUCACCUGAGGCUCAGAUCUAUGUUGUCCCUCUUGAUAUUUGUCCCGAUGCCGAAAUAAAGGCAUCAGCUCCAGAGCUAGACCUUACGAGAAGUUGCGUUCCCAAGACUAGCAUUAUACAGGUAGGCGAAUUUCAGACUAUUGGUCAGAUUGCCAACUCUCCUUUUCGCUAUAUUGGCGGCAAUUUUAUGAAGGAAGUUUGGGAUGGCUCUCUUUCAUCAGGUCAAUUUGCUCCACCUGGUAGAUAUAAGCUUAUGGCUCGAGCUUUAUCUAUCCUAGGAGAUAGGAAUAUGGCGUCUGACUGGGAGGUGGUUGAGACGACAGAGUUUAUUGUGGCGUACAAAGGUACACGUAGCGCAGGCUCCCCUUAG